UGGGAGGGCUAAAGGAAAGUCGAAAGCUGGUUGUUUUGGUUGCAAUUUAUUAUUGAUUAUCUCCAGUCGAUAAACCAAAAAAAGUGAAUUGUUAUUAAUUUAUAUUUUUGAUGGAAGCAGUGCACAUUGAUGAUCUACCAGAGGAGAUACUUCCGUACAUAUUUGAUCACCUUCCAUUGCAAGAUUUGAAAAACGUUUCGCUGGUAUGUCGAUUGUGGAGCCAGGUGGCCUUUUCAGGACGAUUCCUGAACCGAAUAAUGCUCAGAUUAGAUUUUCGAGAUGGGAUACAAAAUCAGUACGAACGGUAUCUGCUGAACAGUGACCGAGCGUACCGUCACGUUGGUUUUUAUUAUCGAAGUGACCAAUUGGAUCUCGAUAUGCUGCUGGCGGUGCUUGAAAAACUGGAAGAUUCAAUUAUAACGUUGAAAAUAUGUCCUAACUAUUUUAUAAUGCUCCCUGAUUUGCGACAAAUAUUGAUGCAGGUUCCCAAUCUUGAGAGUCUCUUUAUUGUGUCUCGAAUAUGUCCCGAUUUAAGCAGGAGAGAUGCAGGAAUGUCUUUUCCAGUGAUGCGAAAACUGAAACAUCUGUACUUGGAAAAUGACGGUGGUCUGCAAUUGGACGAAAUUGAUUUUCGCACUAUGACCCCCAACAUUGUCAGUUUAGAUAUGGACUGCGAUUCGGAACGAGCGCUGACCGUGUAUGACCAUUUUAGUUCUCAGCUGCGAGAGUUGGCAGUAUUUUUUAAGCGUGAUGACUACUUUCUGCCUUUUUGUGAACUGCGCUUUUCCCAGCUAGAAGUGCUAGAUUUCUACAGUGACGAUCAACAGUUUGAUAUUCCCGAAUCGGUGCGGAUGGUUUGCAGGUUUUUUCAACGAAUGCCAAAACUGCAUAAAAUAACGUUACGUUGCAACAUUAAUGAAGAAGUACUGAUGGCCAUCACAGAGAGCUGUCCAGAACUGAGGACGCUAUACUUGAAAGGGGACAACUUGGGGGAAAAAUCUUUCAGUCAUUUAGGACAACUGAAGAAAUUGAAGAGUUUAAAAAUUGAAGGCUGGAUAAGGUGUAACAUUUUGCAAGGUUGCAAACCAAUACCGUCUUUAGACCGAAUGUAUCUGCAUUCGGUGCUGGUAGAUGAUACACAGGGUUUCUUUCGAUUGCUGAAAGAUAUUGCACCAAAUCUUCGCACACUGGAAGCUAUCGAGUCAGACAUAGAUGACGAAUGUCUGAAAUACAUUAGUUGCAACAUUGCGUCCUUGCGAUGUUUAGUUUUGGAGUUUUGCCCUAAUCUUACUGAAGAGGCCUUCAGUUUUCUCGACCGUCUCAAGCAGCUGCACGAGCUCAAACUAGGGUACCUUGACGUUCCUCAGAACUUGUUCGAACUAAUGCCACCAAAUUCUGUCCGUCACUUUUCUCUGUACCGCUGUGAUAAACUCGAUAAUGCAGCGCUUCCGGUGAUAGCGGAAAAAUUUCCCAAUCUGUGCUACAUGGAAAUUGCGAGUUGUCAUAAAAUCACACUAAAAGGGGUCGAAACGAUAAGAUCCCUAAUGCCAAAUGCAGAAAUUGUAAGCUUUAUGCUUUUCUAGCUAAACGGCAAAACUACCAGAUACUACACCGUCUUCUUCGAACGGUUGCAAAGUAAACGGGAACGAGUACAGCAGGAAACGUAACGGUUUCGCAUUCUGUGACCCGAAAGUAAAUUUACUAAUAUGCCUAACGAAGUACACUUGCUUUGAUGCGAGUUCUCAUUCGGUGUUAAUGAUUCAGCUUUAGAGCUCGAAUUUCUAAAUUUCUAAUAGACUAUUAAUAGAAAUAAAAAAAAAUUGAUAUGAAAUUUUAGAGGUAUUAUAAAAAGUAUGUCUCAACGGACAGAAGAUAUUGUUGCAAACUAACACUUACAUUAUUGAAUUACUGCAUAUCGCAUUCUCGAUUGAAUAUGAGUGGACUUAAUCAGUGAUCCAUCGGUUUUGCUCCCGAACCGGUUUUGAGACCGAAUAACUGACUAUUUUUUCUUAUCGUUCUUUCUUAGUGACCGCGCAGUAAGAAAAUUUUUAGAUUAUGAGAAAACAAUAGUCCAAAUAUACUGGAUAGGA